AUGGAAGACGCUGCUAUAGCGAAAAUUGUGUUUAAGCUGACAGUUGAAGAUAUAAGACCUAAAGUAUGUACUCAUUUCAAUCUAAAAAUCGUACAUCUCCUAGAUGCUCCACCAAUAACGAUACCAGAUCAAGGAACAGUUGUUGGAACAUAUCUUAAAAUGUUUCGAACACAAAAUAUAAAAGCAUAUCUUGGGAUUCCAUUUGCACAGGCUCCACGUUUUGCUCCUCCAGAAAUUGGUAAUUUGAAAUGGCCAGGUGUACGUAAUGCAACAAGUUAUGGACCUAACUGUUGGCAAAAGUCUUCAAAGAAUUUGGAUAUGAACACCAAAAUAAUAUUUGAUUUAUUAAGUAAUCAAAAAUCAAAUCUCGAUCAAAAUAUAUAUGAUGAAAACUGUUUAAACCUCAAUAUAUUUCUACCAGAUGGUUUUGCUGGUUCUACUGGUUUUGCAGUAAUAGUUUGGAUACAUGCUGGUGAUUUUUCAUAUGGGAGCUCAACAACCAUAGAUCCCUUUCAUUUGGUUUUCAAACAAAAUGUAAUAGUUGUUACUAUUGCUUACCGUUUAAAUAUUUUUGGGUUUCUAUCUACUGGUGAUGGAGAAUCGCCAGGAAAUUAUGGACUUAUGGAUCAAUCAGCUGGAUUAUAUUGGGUACGAAAAAACAUUCAUCUUUUUGGAGGCGAUCCAAACAAAAUAACUAUAAUGGGACAUUCAGCAGGUGCUAUUAGUGUAGGCUUACAUUUAACUUCACGAGAAUGGUCGAAAGAUGCUUUUCAGAAAGCUGUUAUGAUGUCGGGAAACCAUUUGGCAAAAGAUGUUGUUAAAAAUCCAACUGAAUACGCAAAAACUUUAGAUAUGAUUGCAAAUGUAUUUGAUUGUCCAAACAAACCAACUUAUCUAUUGAUACAAUGUUUAAAACGUCACGAUGCAAAAACUAUUAUAGAUAACAUGCCGCCAAUUGAAUGGGGUCCAGUUAUUGAUGGAGGAUUAAGCAAUACUUCGUUGCCAUUCAUUGAAACUGAACCAAUUAUGUCUUUUAAAGUAGGAAACUAUCAUAAAGUCCCACUUUUAAUCGGAUUGACAGAUAUGGAAGAUGCUUUACUUAUCAUUGAAAACGAUAAUACAAAUAAAAUAACAAGUGAAGAUUUUUAUAAAGUGAUUUCAGAUAUUGCUUUAAAUGAUCUUAAAAAACUUUAUGAACCAGAAUUUGAAAGUGUGUGCUCGCAUUCGCAAAUAGUAAUUGAUUCAAUCGAUUAUAUAUACGACGUUAGAAACGGCGGAGAUGUACUUAACAGUUUUGUUAAUUUUUAUACGGACAAAAUGUAUGCUGCACCUACAUGUCAACUUGCAGAUAUUUUAACUGAAAGUGAAAGUAUAUAUACAUACUUCUUUAAUAUAAAACCAAAAACCAAGUUUUACGAACUACCUACUUGGGUAAGCGUACCAAAAUUUUAUGAUCAAAUAUUUAUAUGGGGCGUACCGUACAUGAAUAAUUACGAACUCGUUAAAGAAUGGAAUUAUACAGAUAAAAAAAUUUCAGAUAUAGUAAUGACUCUUUGGGCUAAUUUUGCAAAAACUUCCAACCCUACAAUAUCUAAUGUUUAUGUAAAAUGGAGUCCCUAUAAUAAGUUAAAUAGAACUUUUUUAAAUAUUAAUGAUAAUUUUGAAUAUAAAACUUUAAAUAAUAUUCAUAGAAUAUCAUUUUGGAACGAAUAUUAUCCAAAAAUUUUGAAUUUUACAGCUGAGUGCUGUAGUUUAAAUAGCAAUGUAUUAGAUAUUCAAGAAAUUGAUGUGUGA